AUGGCUGUAGCCACCUUCCUCAGGACUAUCAUAGCUAUCCUCAAGAGCUGUCUUAUCUGGGUGAAACAUCUUCUUGGAGAUUAUAUUACCCCAGAGCAGCAGGAGGUGUGGGAUGUGGACGGUCAGUCACAGGGUACCCUGGCAGUGGAAAUCUCCACUCACCAUCUUACUGCCAUGGAGCUGCCGGAUGAGAUGUGUGACGUGGACCCAGAGUCAGAUGACAUGCUGAUGUCUCAAAAUCCCACCACCUAUGGGAAUAUUCUGGAUCUCCAGCCUGAAGAGUGGGAUGUAGACUGCGAGGUUGCAAUUAAAUAUGUUCCCAAGGAUCCCUCAGACGUGUACAUCACCAUUCCUGGCGAGUCCUGCAAGCUCCAUACAGAGGUGGCGUUAAUGCAAAUUGUAUCAAAGCCACCUCACUGCAAGAAUGUUCUGCAACUUCUGGAUUUGUUUGACAUGCCCAACUACCUCCUGUUGGUGCUGGAAAGACCCAUCCACUGCAUGGACGUUUAUAAUUUGUGCAUGAGUCACAAAGGCAUACUGGAUGAACCACUGGCUAAAAUCAUCAUGCUGCAGGUGGUUGAGGCUGCCCGUCACUGCUACAGUCUCAGAGUUUUCCAUCGUGACAUCAAGGCAGAAAACCUUCUUUUCAACACCGACACCAUGGAUGUCAAACUAAUUGACUUUGGCUGCGGCGAUUUGUGGCAGGACACACCCUACGAGGAAUAUGCAGGAACUCCACAAUUCUGGCCUCCAGAAUGGAUUCAACAGGAUGCGUAUUAUGCCGACUCUGCGACAGUCUGGGGUCUUGGCAUACUCCUCUUUAGUCUUGUAUGUGGAGAAAUGCCCUUCCAAAAUGAAGAGGAAAUUGUUGAUGGGAGCCUCCAUUUCAAGCCUAGCUUGUCUCAAGCCUGUCACCAUCUGAUAAAGUGGUGCUUGGAACAGGACCCUACCAAAUGGCCAAGCCUCACACAGAUCAGCGAACACGAGUGGUUCACAGACGUCCUUCAAGAGCAGGUUCUAGACCAGGUUAGCCAGGCAAAACAGAUCAAGCCUAAUUAA